AUGGGAACCAAUCCAGAGAACAUUCCCAGUAAGAUCAAAGUGAGCUGGCACAGAGACGGACAGGAAGUCACCUCUGAUGUCACUUCCACUGAGGAGAUGGAGGAUGGUGAUUGGUACUACCAGACCCACUGCUACCUGGAGUACACACCCAGGUCUGGAGAGAAGAUCUCCUGUGUGGUGGAGCAUGCCAGCCUGGAGAAACCUCUGAUCACUAACUGGGAUCCCUCCUCAUCCUCAUUCAUGCCUAAGAUAGAGAGGUACAAGCUUGCCAUCGGCGCCUCAGGACUGCUCCUCUGUCUGAUCUUGUCUCUGGCUGGGUUCAUCUACUACAGACAGAGAGCUCGAGGUCGUAUCCUGGUUCCCACAAUCCUGUUCCUGGUCCUGGUUUUGUCCGAUGUUUUAAAGUCAGCUGCUUCCUGUGUUUAGCAGACUGAUGACGAUGUAGCCAAUAUGUCAGCUCACCAAAGAAUAACUGAAACAAUAUCUGUGCCAAAAGAAGAAAAUGUAUUUAGGGUCUGACUGCAGUUUACCAUCUGUGCUUAAUAUCUUAUAGAGCAGCGGUCCCCCAACCCCGAGUCUUUUGGUACCGGGCCAUGAGAGUUGAGGUUCGGGUGUAAACUGUAUGGUUUUCA